UGUUUGCCGCCAAGGUUAAGUGUGACAACCACUACCUAAAGUGAUACAUAGCUAACCACGUGUGCAGUAGUAACACAAGUCUGAUACAUGUUAGUGAAUUAAUAGUGUUUUCUUCAACCGACAUUUUGACGAAGCACUUCCUUCAUGUUUAUGAGCACGCGUAUGUUUCCUUGCUGUAAACUUUGUCCCGGAAACACUAUGGUCUUGAACUUCAACCUUUGAUUGCUGACCUUUGACCUAUCGUGAUGCCGGUGUAUCGGCGCUCAGCGACGGAGGUCGGGCUUCAGAGACGCAAGGAUGCCAAGGCCAAGGUCAUCGUACAGUUUAUCAGGUCCAAGCCUGUCCAUAAGUGUUCGUAUAAACCCGACCACAGGGGCUGGCUCGGCCCCGUGAAAACCACACCCUCCAAGUGGGCCAAGGCAAGAGGCGCGGUCAUUGCGUUCGGACUCAAAGCUGGUAACUAUCGUCCAACCAUUGAUGUGGCAUCUUUAGUCAAAGCGACAAACAGGAGGCAUAUAGCGUGCUCAGGACAAACGGGAAUCAGGCACACGGCUGACACAAUGACGUCACACGGGGACGUUGUUCCGGUGGAAAAUCCACAGGUGUUACUACGUGAACCUCCUCGUAUAAAAAAGCCUUUCCGUUCAACGGAAGAUUCGGGCGAAGGAGCAGUUUGGAAGACUCCAGCGCCCUGCCGACAUUUGGAAGACAGAUCAAAGGUGUUUUUGUUUGACCGCCCUAUACCGACUGAACCAGAAAAGUUGGUUUCCGCUGUGGGAAGUCACCAAGCCGAAUACAUGAAGAAGGUUCUUGCGGAAAAAGAGCGCGAAUUUCAACUGUUACAGCGGCAGUUGAUUAGGUGUAACGACGAUAACGUAAAACUUAUCCAGGAGCUGGACGGAUUCAAAGGAAAGAAUUAUGCAGAUAUGUCAAGAGAGAAUACUAUAUUACGUGCAAACAACAGUCGGCUGCUGAAGGAAAAUGUGGUUUUGCGCGGGAAUGUCAGAAAAGAUGGAAAUACUGUACUGCAAAACCUCUCUAGAAAAGAGAUCCUUGACGCCAAAUACGCACAUCGGGUCCAGAGUGUCAAACCUAUUUUACAUUGACCGAAUCAUAUUAACUCUGUUGGCUGUUAAUUUAUUAAAGCAUGUUUAGUCUCUUGCA